AUGAGCACGCCCGCGAGAAAGCGCCUGAUGCGUGACUUCAAACGCUUACAAACCGACCCGCCGGCUGGAAUCAGCGGAACGCCGAGCGAAUCGAACAUCAUGGCGUGGCACGCGGUGAUCUUCGGGCCCGAGGGAACGCCGUGGGAAGGCGGAACGUUUAAAUUAACGAUCGCGUUCAGCGAGGAGUACCCGAACAAGGCACCCGUGGUGAAGUUUGUGACUAAAAUGUUCCACCCGAACGUGUACAACGACGGAUCGAUCUGUUUGGACAUUUUACAAAAUCAGUGGAGUCCGAUUUACGACGUCGGGGCUAUUUUGACGAGCAUACAGUCGCUGUUGUGCGACCCGAAUCCGAAUUCCCCGGCGAAUUCCGAGGCCGCGGCGCUGUAUAACGAAAACCGACGCGCGUAUAACAAGAGGGUGAGCGCGUGCGUGGAGGAUUCUUGG